AUGGCGCCUCAGAAAUCGGUGGCAGAGGUGCCCCGUUCCCUAAUUCCCCGUCUGACUUGGAACGGCUCCUCGACUCGCACUACUUUUACCUCUCCCCAGACUACCGCCCUACCGGCGAAGCGCCAACAAAAGCAGUAUAUCGUACGGAGUCGGAUUUCUGCUGGACGACAACUGCAUACCUCGACUUCCCCGUCCACUGCCUCUUCAACAUUCCCCGCAGCAGCCCGAGAUCUAGGCACAUCGAUCGCAAGACGCUUCCCUUCCACAACCAAGCCGGCCAGCCAACCAGCCGCACCCCUUGGGAACCCCAUCCGACAUAAUGGUGUCUAUGUCGCUGCAUUCAACCCGGCUCGGAGAGCUUUUCAUGCGUCCGCUCCGCGCCAGCGCGACCAUCACUUUGAUACAUUGAAAUUCGUCCAGCGAUUGAAAGAUGAGGGGUUUAGCGAAGAGCAGGCUGUUGCCAUGAUGCGGGUCCUGAACGACGUCAUUCAGGAGUCCAUCCAGAACUUGACUCGGACAAUGGUGCUUCGGGAAGACACGGAACGAUCGGCCUAUACACAAAAAGUCGACUUUGCCAAACUCCGCUCCGAGCUCCUCAACGCAGAUUCUACCGAAGCGCAAUUGACUCGCUCGUCGCACGAAAAGAUCGCCGCUGAUCUCGCCAAACUCAACUCCCGUCUACGCGACGAGAUCGGUCGCACGCAGGCGUCAGUGCGACUGGAUCUGAAUCUUGAGAAGGGUCGUAUCCGGGAAGAAGCCAAUGGCCAAGAAAUGCGUAUAAAGGAGACGGAAACGAGAAUUGAGCAGGAGGUGGCUGGGUUGAGAGAGCGUGUAGAGGCUGUCAAGUUCUCCACGCUGCAAUGGCUCAUGGGUGUAUGCACUGGUACCGCUGCACUGAUUCUUGGUGCCUGGCGUCUCUUCAUGUGA